GGUCAGAAUUCAGCACUUUAUGAUAUUGACACAAGACGUCUAGCAGAUUUUCUAUACUUUCCAUUGUAUUGAUAUACAUAUAUAUAUUAAGAUGCAUCAGAACAAAGUAUUGUGUAUCUUGGCAGUCAUUGUUGUGUCAACCAACAGUGGAGUGUAUGGUUUAGACUGGCCAUGGAAUUGGAAAAGAGAAGAUGUCACGUGUUACACCACGUGUUUGGCAGCAGUUGGCACAGGCGCAGUUGUUGCAACGCCAUUGGCAAUAUCAGCAGCAGGAUUUGGCGCUGCAGGUAUUGCUGCUGGGUCGUUGGCUGCUAAAUUGAUGUCAAUGGUAGGAGUUGUAAAGGCUGGAAGCUGGUUGGCAUUUUUACAGUCGGCUGGAGUUUAUGGUGUUGGUACAACUGGAAAAAUGAUAUUAGCCUCGACUGUUUCACCAUUGUGUGCAGCUAUAUGUGGAAGUUCAGAGGAAAGACAAGAUUUAAAAUGUUAUACCCAUAGAAUUGAUGGAAUGAAGGGCUUGGACGAAUAUCUGAUACGAGCAGAACAAGUAAAGAAUAUUAAGCAGUGUGAAGAUCAAUGCAACGAUGAUGCAUAUUGCAGGGCCUUCCGGUAUCUUCCAAAAAAUAGCUUUUGCUUUUUAUACAAGCUACAACAAUAUAUUGAAGACGAUAUCAGUGAAAGCCAAUUUUAUGUAAAACGUUGUAUUCUAUGUUACAUGAACCAAACGAAAAAUGCCAAAGGACGGGAUGAUGAAAUUCAAAUAGUUUGGGAAGCAACUUCUCUCAAGGAAUGUGAGAUUCGAUGUAUUAAAACUGACGACUGCGGUGCUGUUUAUUUUGAUGGGCUGAGAUGUUUCAAAUUUAACACCAAAACGGAACCAAAGGAGAAUACAGGCACUGACUUUUCAGCAAAGAUAUGUGUAGAGUUCAGCGAUAUAGCACUUGAAUAUGAUGGUGACAAAUACAAGCAAAACGGGAAUAGCUGAAUAUAAUAGAAUAGUGCAAGAUUAUUGAAUUUUGACAAGUAAUUGAUGAAUAAAAUGAGAAGUAAUGUUAAAAAAACAAACUAAUUUAUAUUAGUUUUUUAUAUUAGUUUUCUGUUAUAUGAUUUAAUUAAUUUUAGCUGCAAAUCCUUACUCAUGGUUAACCAAU